AUGGAGCGGAUGCUGGUCCUCGCUGAGGACUUGCUUGAGGUGAAUGAGCACCGAAACAAUCGGUCAGACGUCGGCCGAGCACGUAUCUUCAGAGCUCACUGCCUUAGUAAACUUCGGGAACAGGCCGAGACCUCUCCCGUGAGUUCUCGGGACUUCUCAGAGGCACUCCAUCGAGCAGAACGUGGGUUAAUUGCAAUGGACGCCUCUGCAAGCGGGCUGACACUCGCACAGCAGAUCAAGGGGGCCCUGGAGAACUUCUGUACUGAGCUUCGCAGGCUCGAGGCAGAGGCUUUGGCUCUGGAUCGGCGCAGGAUGGAGGAGUUACCUUUGCAGCAGAUCCGCGGAGCCGCGGCCUCCCCGCACAGGAAGCUGGUUACCGUUCGCAUCCAGACCUUCAGCGGGGCAGAGUUCCAGGUAAGCUGCGGCCUGGAUGAGAACCUCAUCUGCCUAAAGGAAUAUAUCCACUCAAGUGGUGGUCCAUGCGCGAGAGAUCAAGAACUCGUGUGGUCCCGCAGCGAGCUCGCCUGGAUUCAGGAGUUGGAAACGCGAAUCAGCGACUCUUUCUCUUUGUUCUACUUGGGUAUCACAGAUGGGGAUGCUGCUAUCCUGUACUAUGUGAGGUUCUGUCACCAGUGCAGAGGCAGAGUGGAAGCAAAGUAA